GGAGCAUCACUGGUGAAGUUGCUUGUGCCCUGAUCCACCGCCCCCGCCCCGGGCACAACACCCUUAUCUGGGUCCCCACACUCCCCUGGGUUGGCUGAUACCUUCAAUCUCCCUGGAGGCAGCUGGUCAUACUGCAGGGAAGCUGGGUGGCAUCACUGCUCUGUGAUCCAGUCUCCCUCCUGCUCCCAAAAGAACAGUCUCUUCCACCCGUGGGUGGUUAAGAUACUUCUACCGUGAGCGUCUCUGGAUGGACGGGACGAGGCAGCAACCUGCUGGUCAUGGGCACCAGCUCAGACAGUAACUGAGGUCAUCUCUGGGAGGCUGUCACCCCUUCUUCUUCCACUCCUCUGCUAUUUCUCUGUCUCUGCCACUGGAGGUGUGUGUCUGUUCCUUUGGGAGGGGGAAAGCAGAACCCUGGCUGCCAGGCGUGCAAGUGGGUGCCUUGCCCUUGUGUGCAAGUGCAGGUGUGUAUGUGUGUGACCAUGAGGCUGUCACUGGGUAUGUAGGAUGCCCCUGUGCCUGGCCGUGUGUGCAUGUGGGUGUGUGAGUGCACGCUGUGCGUCCUCAUUCUUCUCCCAGCCCUGCCCCCAAGCCGAGCAGAGAAGGUGACCUUGAAGAGAUCACAAGCAGCAGCAGCACCAUGGCCUCAGCUGCUUCCGUGACCAGCCUGGCAGAUGAGGUCAACUGCCCCGUCUGCCAAGGGACCCUCAGAGAACCGGUCACCAUCGACUGUGGCCACAACUUCUGUCGAGUCUGCCUCACCCGCUACCUGGAGAUCACCAGCCCGGACCCCGAGGAGCCCCCGACCUGCCCACUCUGCAAGGAGCCUUUCCGCCCAGGGAACUUCCGGCCCAACUGGCAGCUGGCCAACGUGGUGGAGAACAUUGAACGACUCAAGCUGGUGUCCCAGAUGGACUUAGACGAGGAGGACGUCUGCCCAGAGCACGGGGAGAAGGUCUACUUCUUCUGCGAGGACGAUGAGAUGCAGCUGUGCGUGGUGUGCCGGGAGGCCUGGGAGCACCGCGCCCAUACUGUGCGCUUCCUGGAGGAUGCAGCGGGGCCCUACCGGGAACAAAUACAGAAGUGUCUUGAGUGUCUAAGAAAAGAGAGAGAGGAGAUUCAAGAAAUUCAGUCAAGGGAAAAUCGAAGGAUACAAGUCCUCCUGACUCAGGUGGCCACCAAGAAACAAAAGGUGAUUUCUGAGUUUGCACAUCUGAGCCAGUUCCUGGAAGAGCAGCAGAACAUCCUAUUAGCCCAGCUGGAGAAGCUGGAUGAGGACAUCCUGAAGCAUCGGGAUGAAUUUGAUGUCCUGGUCACUGGGGAGAUCGGCCGGUUCAACACCCUCAUUGAGGAACUGGAGGAGAAGAAGGAGAGGCCGGCGAGGGAGCUCCUGACGGAUAUCAGAAGCACUCUAAUAAGAUGUGAAACCAGAAGGUGCCGGAAACCAGUGGCUAUAUCUCCAGAGCUGGGCCAGAGGAUUCGGGACUUCCCCCAGCAAGCCUUCCCGCUGCAGAGGGAGAUGAAGAUGUUUCUGGAAAAACUCAGCUUUGAGUUGGAUUAUGAGCCAGCGCACAUCUCUCUAGACCCCCGGACUUCCCACCCCAAGCUCCUGCUGUCCGAGGACUACCAGCAGGCUCGUUUCUCCUACAAGUGGCAGAAGUCGCCGGACAACCCCCAGCGUUUUGACCGGGCCACCUGUGUCCUGGCCCAUGGUGGCUUCACAGGGGGGAGACACACGUGGGUGGUGAGUGUGGACUUGGCUCACGGGGGCAGCUGCACCCUGGGCGUGGUCAGUAAGGACAUCCGCCGGAAGGGGGAGCUUCGGAUGCGGCCAGAGGAGGGGGUAUGGGCGGUGAGGCUGGCUUGGGGCUUCGUCUCAGCCCUGAGCUCCUUCCCCACCCGACUGACCCUGGAGGAGCAGCCCCAGCAGGUGCGGGUGUCCAUCGACUACGAGGUGGGCUGGGUGACCUUUGCCAACGCCGUCACCCAGGAACCCAUUUACACCUUCACUGCGUCCUUCACCCAGAAGGUCUUUCCCUUCUUUGGGCUCUGGGGCCGAGGGUCCAAGUUCUCCCUGAGCUCCCAAGAGGGUGCAGCUACCCUGUCCUAAGCACAGGGCUCAAAGAGAGGACCUAAGGACUUGACCCUGGCUGGGUCACCUGAGAUUUGAAAUGACUGCUUUAGAUGAUGUGAUAAGAGUCGGGACUUUGGAGAGGGACAAGGUGGGAUGAACUUCAGUCUGCUGAUCAAGCCCUUUCCUCAAUGCCGGGUGGAUGGGACUCAGACUACUGCUAGCCCUCCUCACCACCAUCCCCACCAGGCACAGAAGUACUGUGUAAGAGGAAGGAAUACUGGAUUUGAGCGAGGAAGACUUGGGUUCUAGACCCAGCCUUGCAAUGAAUUAUAUGGUCUUAAACUAGGCAUCUCACCUCUCUUCAUCUUGUUUUCUCCCCUAAAAUAUUAGAGUUCAUCUACUCAUAUCCUUAGGAAAUAUUUGUUGUGUGCUAAUUAUGAGCCAAGCAGUAUGGUAGCCACUGGUGACAUGAAAGGGAAAAGAAAAAAAAUGAACAAACAAUAAAACCCCCACAAAACUUGUCCUGUAUUUGAAGGAGGUCAUGAGAAGAGACAGAGACCUAAGGAGGAAAUGAGAGCACAGUGUUGUGAUGGGAGUCUGCUCUGGGCACUAGAAAAACCCAGAGGAGGGGUAUAAUCCAUUAGGAGGCAGGAGGUGAGUCAGGGAUGGCUUUCUAGAAAGGGCAGUCUAAAAGAUGGGUAUAGUGGUCCAGUGGUUAAGACUCCAUGCUUCCAAUGCAGGAGGUGUGGGCUCGAUCCCUGGUCAGCAAACUAAGAUCCCACAUGCCUCAGAGUGUGGACAAAAAUAAAUAAAGAAAUAAAACCAAAAGAUGAUUAUAGUGAAUGAGGAAAAAAGGGGAAAAAGCAUCUUAGGGAGAAAGGGUGGCAGAGAAGUGGAUGGAUGAUCUGUGACCCAUGGGACACUGGGUCAUUUGCACUGUCUUCAUGAGCUGAUUGCUGAUGACACCCACCCCUGACACCACUCAAUGUCUUCUUCUGGCUGCGAUGAAAAUGCAGGGCAUUGGUGGGAAGGAGUCAGGGACAUUGUGGACAUAAGCCACAACCCGAGGUCCACACUCAUCCCUUGGAAAAUCCGGAAAAUCCUCUUCUUGAUCUGUUGAUCACCAUCUGACAUUGAGAAAUGAGAUGAAAGGAAUAACAUGGUGAACAGGAAUGAGUCCCAAGUAGCUCAGCUGUGGGAGCAGAGAGAGCACCGUAAUAAGCUUUGUACUGGGGAAGGAAUCUCAGACAGAGGCAGGGGGUGAAUUGCCCAAAUGGAGUUACAGAGGGGGACCUGUGACUUGUAGCCCAAAGCACUGGGACUGCUCCAGGGCUGGAUAAGAAGUGUCAUCUGAGGGACUGGCCAGAAGAAGGGAGAGAAUCAGGACUUUGUAAAGAUGUGUGGUUUUGGGUAGAGACCUUGUAGGGGAGCAGUUGUAUUGGCAGAAGUUGUGGCUGCACGUGGUGUGAAGAAGCUGAGUGUUCAUGACUCCAGAAGCCACCCUGCCUGGUGCUGGUUCAGGGACAAGAACUAACACGUGGCUGCCUUGAGUUUGUAAGAUGAUUUCUGUCAUUCCAAGGAAGUUUAAAUCCUAUGUACAAUAAAAGCAUUGUCUUAUAUUUUAUUUUUA